UACAUAUGUUUGGAGAGCACGGUAGGCCAUCUUGCCAGAUCAUACCUACCUAGAGUUACCUCGCGCUACGCCACGUUCAGCCCAAUGGCUUUUCUAACCUCCCCGACCUCCUUCCGAAGUAAUGAACUUCUCUCCUCACCUCACCACCUCAUGGCAUAUUCUACCUCCUUUUCGAACGGUUCGAUACCGCUCGAUUUCUCGACAAUGGGCAAGGGCCAAGCACCCCAUUCAUCGCAUCCAGCACUAGGGCAUCUCAUAUUACUCGUCUUCGAAGCUGUGCUCGAGGUCGUUUGCGUGGCUCUCCCGGGUUACAUUAUCGCGCGAUAUGGUAUGUUCGACGCGGAGAUGCAAAAGUUUGUUGCGAACCUUAACGUUUCGUUGUUCACGCCCUGUCUGAUUUUCACGAAGCUAGCCAGUCAACUCACUCUGGCGAAAAUCGCUGAACUGGCUGUUAUUCCUGUCAUUUUCGUGGCCAUGACUCUGAUAUCCUACUGCUGCGCCCUUUUGGUCUCCAAGAUUUUUGGGUUCAAGAAGAGGGCGAGAAAUUUCGUUAUCGCCAUGGGUGUUUUCGGGAACUCUAACUCGCUUCCUAUUUCCCUCGUUAUUUCGCUAUCCAUGACAGUUUCUGGUUUGCACUGGGACAAAAUUCCAGGCGACAACAACGAGGAAGUUGCUGCCCGUGGUAUCCUGUACUUGCUCAUCUUCCAACAGCUGGGUCAACUCGUUCGCUGGUCGUGGGGCUACCAUGUUUUGCUCGCUCCUCCUCCCGUGGACCAACCCAACGGAAACGGCCAAGCGGUGAGAUAUCGUGAUGAUCCUUCGGGCGAGGACGAUGGCGAUAUUGAGGCUCGGGGCCCUAGGGUGGAUCCCUUCAUUUCGCCCCAGUUUGAGAACAGUUACGUUGGCCUUCACAAGCAAACCUCCGAAGAUGACGCCCUUAUGGCCUUUGACGAAAGUCGUCGUCAUGUAAAAAUAGCUAACGGUGCUGGAGGCUCUGGUAGCUUGACCCCCGGGUCUGCCUACGUCAGCACUGCUGUCUCCGCCCAAUCUACAAGACCCUCAUCUCCCAGUGGCAGUGCAACCCCCGUACCUCCGGUUCAGGGCAAUUCUGGGACAUAUCUCGCUCGCUCUCCUGAUGCCACUGGGCCACAUUCCCGUGUUACGAUCCCACGUUGGCUCUCGCCCAGGGGGUCUUCCGUCUUUGCGCAAGUCUAUAAAGGUGUCAAGACUGGAAUUAACACAUUCUUUAGGGCACUGUGGUCGUUCAUGAACCCCCCAUUGUGGGCUAUGUUUGUGGCCGUGGUUAUUGCAUCGAUACCUCAGCUUCAGAGGGCCUUUUUCACCCCCGGAACCUUUAUCCAGAACUCGGUGACUCGUGCCGUCAGCCAAACGGGUAACGUAGCGGUUCCCUUGAUUCUGGUUGUUCUUGGUGCCAAUCUCGCGGGGAAUACCCAUCCUAAGGUAAAUUCUUCUGACAAGCGACACGAAACUAAGAUAUUGGUUGCGGCGUUGAUCUCCAGAAUGGUGUUGCCAUUCAUCUUUGUGGCUCCUCUGCUGGCUGUUGCGGCCAAAUUCCUCAAUGUUUCCAUCCUGGAUGACCCGAUCUUUGUCAUUGUGUGCUUCUUAUUGGCGGGUGCGCCCAGUGCCCUACAGCUUGCCCAGAUUUGUCAACUCAAUGGAGUUUACGAAUCAGUGAUGGCUAAGAUCCUGUUCUGGAGCUAUGUGGUUGUCAUUUUGCCAAGUACUUUGAUACAGGUCAUUACCGCUAUCGAAGUAGUUGAAUGGGCUAUGUAAACUUUCCUUCGGACUGCAGGAGGGGCGUUUAGGGUGCUAUCAUUCUCCCUGCGGUACGUUUAAAAAAAGUGGGAGUGAAUAAAAGAAGCGGUUUAGUUCCAUCAUAAGCUUUAUUGCAUCCAUCCAUCUCUAUUAUUCUCUUUACUUUUUUUUCUUUUCUUUUCACCCUUUCCGCUUCGCCGUGUUAUCACAAACCAUCUGAGCUAUAGCUGUCGGGAUUUCGGAUUGCGUUGGGGUUCGCCCAAUCUGGGUCUUUUUGUAUUUCUUACAUUCUGGGUUGAACUAUAUACAUGGUUUGGGCGGGAGCUUUUGCUUUUAUGUCUAGUUUUUUAUUUCUCUUUUUCUCAUUUGUAGAAAAUCCGGAUUUCCAUAUCUCGGGGGUAAGCAUGUGGGGUGGCUGUGGGCUAGAUUGUACAUUGACAGACAUCGAUAAUCAGGGGCAUUCAGCCCCGGGGUUGAAAAAUGGUUUUUUGCAAGUGUUUCGAGCUGAAGAGCUUUGGUGUGUGUAAGGCUGCAAGCACACAAAUGAGGCAGACCCGCUCGAAAAUUGGCACCUGAAAAACUCUUUUUCGACCUGGGGGCUAAAUACCUCCAAUAUAUCGCAGACACCAUUCGGGUGCUGCGCUGUACAGUACUUGUACAGUACUGCAUUGAAUUGUUGAUUCUAAAUUUCUAAAA